GUGUGGUCGAUGACAUUGCAAGCUUGCGAAAGAGGGUGGGUGGUUUCGGACUCAAAUCAAAUACUCUACUCCGUAUAUGAAUCUCAUCUUCUGACCUUAUCGCCCCUUAUUGAGAGCUGCCAAAUUGGACCACCCCGCAUGGCGAUUUCAGAUUCUUGAUCUCAUCGUCAAUCAACAACCAACGUAGCCAAACGAAAUCCCUCUUGUGAAAAAUUAAAUCUUGAAUUGCCCCUUUAAUGGAAAACUUGUUUUGCGGGCAAUUCAAUUUGGCGAGUGAGUGAGUGGUGAAAUUUCGUUAUUUGGAGUUAUACCUACUGGCCAUGCGACUGUGGUUCUGUACGAUCUCCCUCUUAAAAGAGGACUUUAAGAAUCAAGUUCAAGUCUUUUUUAUCUCUGCAGCUGCUCUUUCCUUUGUAAUUAAUUGCCCUAGAUUUAGCAAUAGCAAUGGCCGCUGAUACUCAUGGCCCUACUCCUAAAGGCCUACUUUGCAAUGCUGGUGCUGGUGCCGCUGCUGGAGUUAUAGCGGCUACAUUUGUGUGCCCUUUAGAUGUUAUCAAGACUAGGUUGCAGGUUCAUGGGUUGCCAAAGCUAGGAAAUGCUAACGUUAGAGGUAGUCUUAUAGUUGGGAGUUUAGAGCAGAUAUUUCAAAGGGAGGGGCUGCGUGGAAUGUACAGAGGGCUUUCCCCAACAGUGCUAGCAUUACUUCCAAACUGGGCGGUCUAUUUUACUAUAUAUGAACAGCUGAAAAGCUUUCUUGGCUCUGAUGAUGGAAGUCAUCAGCUCUCAAUAGGUGCAAACAUGUUAGCUGCUUCCGGUGCUGGAGCUGCAACCACAAUUGCGACAAAUCCUCUCUGGGUUGUCAAGACGCGUCUUCAGACUCAAGGAAUAAGAGCAGGUCUUGAGCCUUACAGGGGUACAUUAUCUGCUUUAAGGAGAAUAGCAUGUGAAGAGGGCAUUCGUGGGUUGUACAGCGGUCUGGUGCCUGCUUUGGCUGGUGUUAGUCAUGUAGCCAUCCAAUUCCCAACUUAUGAGAAAAUCAAGAUUUACUUGGCCAAGCGAGAUAACACUUCAACAGAUAAACUCGGGGCCCCGGAUGUUGCUGUUGCAUCAUCAGUUUCCAAAAUAUUUGCUUCUACAUUGACAUAUCCACAUGAGGUAGUACGUUCAAGGCUUCAAGAACAGGGGCGCCACUCUGAAAAGCGGUACUCUGGUGUAAUUGACUGCAUUAAAAAAGUCUUUCAUCAAGAAGGAAUCCAAGGCUUUUACAGAGGUUGUGCGACAAACCUAAUCCGGACUACCCCUGCAGCUGUUAUCACAUUUACAAGUUUUGAGAUGAUUCACCGCUUCCUUGUAACCUUGUUUCCCGCUGAUCCUCAUCCUCACCCAUUGUAGGAUGUCGUGACUUGGGGAUUCACCGUAGAGGCAGUUUAGUUCAUCAAGUCCUUGAGCAAGGUGGCUAAUUUGGCUGCAGCAAUCUCCUCAUUGGUUGUGUAUCUUAUUUGUUGCUGGCUGUCAUAGCAACAUAGGGAAGCCAUCUUGGACAUUGUGAGACAAAUUUGCUAUACCAUUCUUACGCUGAAAUUGAUGAUGAUGAUAAAAGGUGUUGAAAAUGUAGGAACUAGGAAAUCGAGAUUGUACGUGCUUUGACAAAAUUCAAUAUUAAAUGGAACUCUGUUGAGUGCAUUUUUGCCGGCUUUUCAUCUUGAAUCAUUAUACCUCCUUCAUCAAAAGUGGAGUGACCAAGGCAAAGAGAGAAUAAUAAUGUAUAUUUCUUGUCAAAUUCAGUUCAUUUAUCAUCA